CAAUGCUUUGUUUAUCAGGAAAUGUUGAGUCCCUACUGAAGUUAACUCCCUGGAACUGGAAACACCUGGACACAUCCGUCAAAGUGGACACACCAGUCUCCGUGGAUAUUUCUCUUCUGUCCCACUACAGACUUACUGGAAAACACUUCAACAAGUACCAGAAACUCGAAAAGCAAAGAGACUGUGCAUCAAUUCUAAAAUUCAUACCCAACACAAAAGGGAAAGAUGGCGUCUACACCAUUUACCCAGAUAUGAAGACAAAGAAACUGGUGUACUGUGACACGACUACCGAGGGAGGGGGCUGGACGGUUAUCAAUAAGAGGAUGGACGGAUCAGUAGAUUUUUAUAGAUCCUGGGAUUCGUAUAAAGAGGGAUUCGGUAAUGUGGAGGGAGAAUAUUGGUUAGGAAAUGAAGCUAUUCACGUACUCACUAAAAGGAGGCAAUAUGAACUGAGAGUGGACCUUCAGAAAUUUUCUGGCAAAAAGGCCUUUGCAAAAUACUCUAAGUUUUCUGUCGGAAGCGAGUCCCAAAAAUUCAAAUUGACAGCAACUGGAAAAUCUGGAUGGUGGUAUGGAGCUUGCGACCAAAGUGACCUGAAUGGACAAUACCAUAAAUCUGCUGUCAAAACAGAUCGAAGCUAUAUAUAUGCACUCUCCUUCCUAAUCGUACAUGUGCAUGCAGGAAUAGAAGAAAAUAUGGUUCUAAUUAAAAAUAAUUUUGUGGUACUGUGUUUCUUUCUGCACUUUACAACUACAUGUUGUAUUACUCCGCAUUCCCAUCUACAAGGAAAUGUUGAGUCUCUACUGAGGUUAACUCCAUGGAACUGGAAACACCUGAACACAUCCGUCAAAGUGGACAUCCCGGUCUCUGUGGACAUUUCUCUUCUGUCUCACUAUAGACUAACAGGAAAACAUUUCAACAAGUACCAGAAACUCCAAAAGCAAAGAGAUUGUGCAUCGAUUCUAAAAUUCAUACCCAACUCAAAAGGGAAAGAUGGCGUCUACUCAAUAUACCCGGAUAUGAAGACAAAGAAACUGGUGUACUGUGACAUGACUACAGAAGGAGGGGGUUGGACGGUUAUUAAUAAGAGGAUGGACGGAUCAGUAGAUUUUUAUAGAUCCUGGGAUUCGUACAAAGAAGGAUUUGGUAAUGUGGAGGGAGAAUAUUGGUUAGGAAAUGAAGCCAUUCACUUACUCACUAAAGGGAAAGAACAUGAACUGAGAGUGGACCUUCAGAAAUUUACGGGUGAAAAAGCCUUUGCCAAGUAUUCAAAGUUCUCUGUCGGAAGCGAGUCCCAAAAAUUUAAAUUGACAGCAACUGGGUACAGUGGUACUGCAGGUGAUAGUUUGGCGUGGCAUAGUGGAAGACCGUUCUCUACGAAGGAUGCAGACAACGAUUCUUCGAAGAAGAUUGCCUGUGCUGUUCUUGGUAAAGCUGGCUGGUGGUUUAAUUCUUGUGAUCACUCUAAUCUGAACGGACCUCAUCACAAAUCUGCCGUCAAAUCGGAUGUUAGUAUUAAUUGGGACCACUUUGGUAAAGGUUUUUCCUUGAAGACUGCAAAAAUGAUGAUGAGACCCGUAAAAUAAAUAAAU